AUGGGCUUGACUCAAGACCUCGAAGAGCUUAUCGAGAACAACGACGCCGAUGGCCUGGAAGCCAAAUUCACCAAGCAAGGACGCCCUCGAAAGGGAACAAGAGCCAUUACAUCGAAGGACAAAGAUCAUUGCCUUGAUGUGGCCAUGCCACAUGCAAAUUUCGACGUCCUCGAAGUAUUGUUUAGACACGAGGCUAACUUGACGCGUCGUUCCUUUGAUGCUGCGUUGGAGAGGGGAAACGAGGAGAUGAGCUUACUGGAUCUGAUGCUAAAAUGGGGAUGGAAAGUUGGUGGUAAAGGACUUUGGUAUGGGGAAAGCGUGGCUGGGGCAGCGAUACAUCACGAGAACACUCUACGCUGGGUACUAGAAUAUGGCGCAGAGCUGAAUGUCGUUUCAAAUCCUCGACUGGUAGGCUCAUGCGCUGACCUCGCUACACCGUUACAGAAGGCGGCUUCGCGUGGCUUGGUAAAGGCCAUGUAUAUUUUGCUUGAGUUUGGCGCCAGACCGGAUGCGUCGGCCAUCUUCUUCGCUAUCCGCUCGCAAGCUACCGAAUCGUUGAGGUUCCUGCUUGCCAAGGGUGUUGAUGCGAAUAUUGUGUCAUGGAAAUGGGGUACACCGCUAAAGUACGCUGUUCGUUGGCAUAAUUCAGAGGCGGUGGAGGUUUUGCUCGACUGUGGUGCGGAUCCCGAGGUGGUUCGCUCUGGUUCAACGGCUGCGGACGACGCUAGGGAGCGUGGGUAUGUGGAGUUGGCGGAGAUGUUGGAAGCGAGGAUGAAGAGGAAGAGUAGGAGGAUCAGGGGGCUUAGACCAGCGUGA